ACUGGUGCACAUUGCACAUUGCUAUUUUUUUAUAGCCUGUAUUGUGAAUACUUUUGAUGGACGGCGUGGAGCAAAAGGACACAGAAGCAAAUGCGCCUUCAGUUAUCGAUCGAUAUUACACACGCUGGUAUAGAGCCGAUAUGAAGGGGAAACCGUGUGAGGACCACUGUAUACUGCAGCAUUCAAACAGAUUAUGUGUCAUCACUUUAGCAGAGACUCACCCGGUUCUUCAGAAAGGGCGAACAAUCAAAAACAUCAAUUACCAGAUCAGUAAUGCAUGCAGUCGGCUAAACAACAAAGUAUCGGGGAAGUCCAAGCGGGGGGGUCAGUUCCUUACUGAUUUUGCACCUCUGUGUAGGAUAACAUGCACAGAUGAAACUGAGUACACAAUCUACAGCUGCAUCAGGGGUCGUCUUCUUGAGGUCAAUGAGAGUAUUUUAGAAAGACCUGCUCUUUUGCUGGAAAAGCCAUCCACAGAAGGAUACAUUGCUGUCAUCCUGCCGAAGUUUGAGGAGAGCAAGAGCAUAACGGAGAACCUGUUGACCAGAGAACAGUUUGAGAGUGUCGUAUCCAAGCGGAGUGUUGCCCAAUCACAAACCUCUUGACAGAGCUCAUUGUUCUCGCCUUAUACCAGUCAGAACUGUUCUGGGAAAGUUUCUCCCUCUACCGCUUCCACCUGGUUCGGUGAUGAGUGAUGCACUCUCCCGGAAAGCAAAAUUUACAUGGGUUCACUUCAGAGGGUCUGUUGUGUAUAAUGCAAGCAAUGCACUUUGCUUUUAUACAUUGAACACAUUUUCAGGAAGAACUUGGCUUCCAAGUGCUUUAUUUAUUGUUUUGUUUUUUCUAAUUUGAUAAUAAAAAUUAAAACAGAGCAUAACAUGAAUUCUGUUGUUAAAAACCCCAAAUAAUCUGUAGUUACGAUUAUUUUUCUAAAAUGUCAAUAAAGAAAACCA